CAAUACAUCCGUAAUGUUGGGCACUGUUAAUAUUAAUUUAAAACCAACAACAGACAUUUUAUCGCUGGCUACAACAGCAGCGUUACUGGAUGUGCGACAGUAUUUCAAUGAACGUGACAUUGUGGACUUGCGCACUCAUGGAUAUUUAAUCAACGACAGUUUUCUGCUAACAGAUUUCGAUGAAACUACUCUAACAACACGUCCAAGUAAUCUGGGUGGCGGUGAUAUUAACGAUGGCAGUGGCAGCGGUGGUGGCAGCAAUUUCAAUAAUAAUUUAAAUUUCAUAAUCUUUAACCAAAGUGGUCUUAUUAAGAAUGAAUCAAAUGAUAAUGACAGCAGCAGAGACGGUGUGUUUACGGGAGUUGGCAGUGGUGGUGAUGAGGUGCUGCCAAUGCCCGAGGAUGUUGCUGUACUAUUGAAAGUGAUUAUCUUGUCAAUUGUUUUGGGUCUAAUGAUACUUAUCACCAUAAUUGGGAAUGUUUUUGUAAUAGCCGCAAUCAUAUUGGAGCGCAACUUGCAAAAUGUUGCUAAUUAUUUGGUUGUAUCGCUGGCUGUUGCUGAUUUAUUUGUUGCCUGCCUUGUAAUGCCAUUGGGUGCUGUCUAUGAGAUAAGUGAAGGAUGGAUUUUGGGACCAGAACUGUGUGACAUUUGGACUUCAUGUGAUGUCUUAUGCUGUACGGCUUCAAUUUUACAUUUAGUGGCAAUAGCCACCGAUAGGUACUGGACUGUUACAAAUAUUGAUUAUCAUAAUUUGCGUACACCACGUCGUAUCUUUUGUAUGAUAUUUUCGGUGUGGUUUUUUGCCGUCAUUGUUUCGCUAGCACCACAAUUCGGCUGGAAGGAUCCCGAAUAUAUGGAACGUAUUGAGCAGCAAAAAUGUAUGGUUUCACAAGAUGUCAUUUAUCAGAUUUUUGCCACUUGUUGCUCAUUUUAUGUUCCAUUGUUAAUGAUUUUAGUUUUGUACUGGAAAAUCUAUAAAAUAGCACGCAAACGUAUUCAAAGACGCACGCAACGUUUACGUUAUAAUGAAAAAGUAGCCGGCAAGGAGGUGGAUUUCGCAGAAAAACAAAAAAAGAGACGCAUAAAAAUUUGCUUUAGCAAAGAUGUUUCAUCCGAAAAAGGUUUCAACUCAACGGGGGGUGAUAGUAUUGCAAAUAAUUCGAAUCUCAAUAUCAGAGAAGAAACUGAAUUUAGUACGAGUAAUAUUGAUAGUAAAAGUCAUGCGGGUACUGAACUGACCAAUGUCUCGGAUGAAAACACCACCAGUAUGGCAGAUGAACGCACACCCCUGCCUUUAGAGAUUUCAACGGUAUCCCAGCAGGUUGCUGCUACAACCUCAACAUUUCAACAGCAUGUCACAGCCAUUGUGCUGACCUCCGCAACAACACGCCUUGGUGCGUGCAACAUUAAACAACAACAACAACAGCAAUUUCCCUCACUGCUACACACAACGAAUCCCCACCAAAAGUUGGCCAAACGUCGCCAACAAAUCGAAGCGAAACGCGAACGUAAAGCCGCCCAAACAUUGGCCAUCAUAACGGGCGCCUUCGUUGUCUGUUGGCUGCCGUUCUUCGUGAUGGCUCUCAUGUUGUCGCUGUGCAAAAGCUGUGAAAUUAAUGAAGCUGUCGCUUCGCUGUUCCUAUGGCUGGGCUAUUUUAAUUCUACACUUAAUCCCAUCAUUUAUACUAUUUUCAAUCCAGAGUUUCGGCGUGCCUUUCAGCGUUUAUUGUUUGGCAAGGAAUAUGUUGCCAACAAAUGUAAACGCCGCAGUGGCAACAUAUGAUCUUAGCUGAAGGGGCCCUCGGAGCCCAGUGUUGCAGUGGCUGGCGAUGAGUAUACAAG